CUCGCCUCGGGAAGCGAGCGUCGCGAUCCAUCCCCAGCGCGCUGCCUCCGCUAGGGAGUGGCAGCGAUAAGCACAGCGCAGCAACAGCGGCGAGGCGAAACGAAACGAAACGAAGCAGCGAGAAUCCGAGCGAGGAAAGCAAACCCAACCCAGGGGAGGAGUGGAGGAGGGAAAGGCCGGCAGCGGCUUGCUAAAGGCGCCCGUUUAAAGAGAGAAAGCGAGAGAGAAAGAAGGAGGGGGAGCUGUCGUUUCCUCCUGCUCGCCUCGCUCGCCGCCACCUCCUUUCCGCCCUCAGAAAGAUUUCCCCUUGGGAUGCCCAAUUGAUCGAUCAAUCCUGCGAGUGUUCUCCGCUAAGCUUUCCUUCAUCUCGUCCUGCCGCUAGUUAAUUCCAGUGGAUCAAUCCAUCAUAGAGCAGAGUGUGCCCGUGGGCGUGUGAUAAAGGGGGAGAAACAAAGAGUGUUGCGAAAGGUGGCCCUUUUUCGGGGGAAGAUAGAUUCCAUUCCUUGAGCCGUAGUACUAGGCUAGUGUGGAGCUAGAGCUAGAGCAGCAGCAGCAGCAGCCCGCCAUCUCUCUCUCUCUUGGUUCUUGCCCUUCUUGCAGCGAAAAAGAAUCCAUCAGAUUUCAUCCGUUUGGGCCGGAGAAGUUGAUUCUCCAGGGAGUUGCGUGGGGCUUGCUUGUGUGACUGACGGUGUCAGUGGAUUGAGGUGAAGUGAGGAUUUUGGGUUUCUUGGGAGCAGUAGCAGGAGGAGGCAGAGGAUGGCAGCGGCGCCGCCGCCCAAGGCUGAUGAGCUGCAGCCGCACCCGCCCAAGGAGCAGCUGCCCAGCGUCUCCUUCUGCAUCACCAGCCCGCCGCCAUGGCCUGAGACCAUAAUACUAGGAUUCCAACAUUUCAUUGUUAUGUUGGGCACCACUGUCAUCAUACCGAGCGCGCUUGUUCCUCAGAUGGGAGGUGGAAAUGAAGAGAAAGCUCGGGUAGUUCAGACGAUACUAUUUGUUGCUGGAAUAAACACCUUGUUACAAACAUUCUUUGGGACUCGUCUUCCGGUUGUAAUGGGUGGCUCAUACAUUUUCGUCGCACCGACCAUCUCAAUCAUCUUGGCUGGACGUUACAACAAUGAAUCGGACCCUCGUGAGAAAUUCUUACGGACAAUGAGGGGAACGCAAGGUGCUCUCAUCAUUGCAUCAACAAUUCAGAUCAUACUUGGUUUCAGUGGGCUCUGGCGCAAUGUAGUUAGAUUGUUAAGUCCAUUGUCUGCGGUUCCUCUGGUUUCACUUGUUGGCUUUGGGCUCUAUGAACUUGGCUUUCCGGGGGUAGCCAAAUGUGUCGAAGUUGGCCUUCCAGAACUCCUCCUGCUGGUUGUAUUUUCUCAGUAUUUGCCUCAACUUCUGCAUUUUGGAAAGCCUGUCUUUGGCCGGUUUGGUGUUCUUUUCACUGUCUCUAUUGUGUGGCUCUACGCAUACAUUCUCACUAUUAGUGGUGCUUACAAGAAUGCUCGACCAAAGACACAGGUGCAUUGCCGUGUUGAUCGUUCAGGUCUUAUAUCAGGAGCUCCUUGGAUAAGAGUUCCUUAUCCGUUUCAGUGGGGUGCUCCAACAUUUGAUGCUGGAGAAGCUUUUGCAAUGAUGAUGACUUCGUUCAUCGCACUUGUAGAGUCAACUGGCGCCUUCAUUGCUGCAUCAAGGUAUGCAAGUGCGACUAUGAUUCCACCAUCAAUUAUUAGUCGGGGCAUUGGGUUUCAGGGUAUUGGUAUCUUGCUUGAUUCAUUUUUCGGGACAGCCAGCGGAACCUCCGUUUCAGUGGAGAAUGUUGGUUUACUUGCUUUGACACAUAUUGGCAGCCGGAGAGUAGUGCAAAUAUCUGCUGGAUUCAUGAUUUUCUUCUCUAUCCUUGGAAAAUUUGGAGCUCUAUUCGCAUCAAUUCCACUGCCCAUAUUUGCUGGCAUGUACUGUAUCUUCUUCGCAUAUGUUGGUGCCGUUGGCCUGAGCUUCCUUCAGUUCUGCAAUCUAAACAGCUUCAGGACCAAGUUCAUUUUGGGUUUCUCUUUCUUCAUGGGCAUAUCAGUUCCUCAGUACUUCAACGAGUAUACUGCCGUUGCAGGUCACGGUCCAGUUCACACUGGUGCCAGAUGGUUCAACGACAUGAUAAAUAUACCAUUCUCGUCGAAGCCAUUCGUCGCAGGGCUAGUAGCCUACAUCCUGGACAACACCAUCAAUACCAAGGAUAACGCGGUGAGGAAGGACAGAGGCUACCACUGGUGGGACAAGUUCCGGAGCUUCAAGAAAGACGCCAGGAGCGAAGAGUUCUACUCGCUGCCGUUCAAUCUGAACAAGUUCUUUCCUUCGGUCUGAUCUCGAUGGCGCUGCGAACUGCUUUUGCGGACCGACCCUUGUUCAUAUGCUGAACAUAGUUCUGCUGGCCUAGUCUGUGGAAACUUUCUGUGUUGCAAUUUUGUGUAUUUUUCGGGCGAAAUGGAGUAGUUGGACAGUAGAGAUGGGACUAGAAUUGAAGUAUAUCGUGUUCUUUUUUCGGGUCGACACGGAUCGAUGUCUGAUAACCUGGUAGUUCCUUUUGUCGAGCUGGCAAUGUACAUCAGUAUUACAGUAUAUGUGGCUUUCCUGGCCCGGGUAGAAUUAUAAAUAAGGGAGUUGCUAAUUA